AGAAAAAAGACAUAACAAUAUCGUGAUCGUUAAAAACUUUGAAAGCCGUUCCGUAAAAACAAAACAAAACCAUCCAGUGAAAUUCCAUAUUUGCAUGUUGUGUUCCGUGAGAAACGAAGCUUUUAUUUCCCGCACAGGAAUCUGCCAUCAGAUAUAGAUAUACGAAGGAAUCAUCGCAGUUCGUGUUUUCUUUUGGAGCCGUUGUCACCGGUUGCGGUAAACAAGCGACUGGAGGACAGAGUCGAAAUAGCUGACGAUGUGAAAUUUAAACCACCGUGGAAUGGAUAAAGAACCGCCCGAUCAGCUGAUGAAAAAUUGUGUUUGGAAUCAUCUGGUGACUGGAUUAUAGCUGACUGGACUGCCACCGCAGUGGAUUCACAAGAGUCGGAUGCUGAAACGCCGUACUUUCUCGCUGGCAAGGAUCGGCGUAUGGCCGUCCAAGCAUCAUGAAUCAAGUUCCACUCGUUUGUCGAUUGGUGCUGCCAUGAAACACUCACGAGGUGGAAGAAGCUCUCGUCUCUCGCUCAUGUUGUUUGUUUUCAUCGUUUUGAACUCGGCCUGGAUCAUGACUGCUGGAGCUGCUCCAGUCACAGCCGCAUCCAGCCACACUGGAAACGGUGCCGCUUCGCGCACUUCGCUAAGUCGAUGUCCUGCCAUCUUCAACCCAAUGGUUGCAAAUAUAAAUACCGCUAAUGUUGGCAGCUCCGCUAAAAGUGGCCUCAUUGGCCGAUCGAAAACAACAGAAUCAUCGUCGUCGCCAUCGUGCCGCUACUUCCUCAAAAAGCGUUUUGGAACGUUGACGACGCCGGGCUUUCCAUCAGCAUUUCCCGUGCCAUUCAUCUGCAGCUGGAUUAUCGACGCGACGGGCUUCGAGCCGGACUCGUUCAUCACUCUCUACCUGACACAGAUGUACCUCACGCGCGGCGUCACAGCCGUCCAGUACUCGUUCCGCAACGAGACUGUCGCCGUCGGCCGCAAAGUCCUGGACGAGCUGCACACGCUCCGCCCGCGCCCUUACUCCGUCUACCGGAUCAAAGCUCGAUACCUCGAAGUUCUGGUGAACCUCCACGAGUUGGUCAACGCCAACCUGCGCGUCGAACGCCGGCUGAUGGACGUCUACGGCUUCAACAUCACCUACGAAAUUCAGCCGAACGGCUCGCGCAUCCGCUCCGACACUUGCAACGCCGUCAAUUGCACUUUCAACGGCCACUGCUACGCCAAUCAGAACUACAGCCAAUUUCAAUGUUCUUGCCUACCGGAUUUCUCCGGCAAAUACUGUCAACACGGCCCGGAAUGUAAUCCUGAAAAGGGCAUCAAUGUGUGCAAAAACGAAGGCGUUUGCGGGUACCGUACCGGUUUGACGGUCGUUCGUUGCAGCUGCCCGCCAAAUUACAAUGGGAGCCUGUGCGAGUUCCGGCGCGAAUUCAUUCCCGCCAAAGAGUGCCUUUCCAAGUUCCGGUUGAAUUGCAGCCACCAUUGUGUUAUAACGGACAAGGGUAAAGCCGCUUGCCGCUGCCCGCAACAUCAGGCCUUGAGAUCCGAUAAUUUGACGUGCUACCCGUUGGUGCCGCUGAGAAUUUUGGGACAUGUCGAACUGGAUAGACCGUCUUCAUUCAAUGACACCCGCUUGGUAGAUUCUGUUACAUCCGCGUUAAGGAAAAUGGCCGAAGAAUUCACUGCAUUUCUCUUGGUGGUCGGUUCCGUAAAUCUCGCUGAACCCAAUUCCAACCGGCUGCAGUUCAUUCUUUGGAAUUCUGAAAAAUACAAUAUGAGCUGGUCAAAUGUAGCCCAACAGCACGGACCGAUGACGGCGGCUGUUAGAAGCGGAGCCGUCGCUUCGAUUCCAAACCGAUCGGCUACCGGAUUUGGAUUUCCUUGGAUUGGCGGCAGGAAAAGGUUGCCACGCAGUGUAGCACCGUUCACUUAUAUCCCACAACAGUGGAAUAACUCCUACACGUCCUUCGUCCAUCAAAUCAACUCCCGGAUAUGGAAGGUGCAGGGUGAAUCAAUCGUCAUUCGAAACAUCAGUAUCGUCCAAGUUCCGGCUUUAAUUAUCGAGUGGGUUAAAUUGGAUGUUAAAGGCCAGGUGCGUGAAGGCUAUCCCUUCACGGUGGCGUGCAACGCUAACGGUUCGGGCAAGAAAGAUUUGAAGAUGGGCUGGUAUAAGGAUGGCCACCGGAUAGAUGAUUCGUUUGCACUCCUACGCAACGUGUCCAUUUUUGUUCACCAACAACAGGACUUGCGUGGAUUUUUCACGCUCUACUUGGAAGUGAAACAAGCAUCGUUAUUCGACCGUGGUGAAUUUGAAUGUCGGGCCAAGGAUUGGGGACAGACUGCCCGCAAGAGUGUCUUUCUCGACGUCAUUACGCCACCGAUUCUCGAUCUGAUGCCCAUCAAUCCGGUUGUUCUUCCGGGUACGGCAGUGAAUUUGACGUGCCGGGACGAAAACCAUCUGGCGCGACGUACAACCACCAAGUAUGUCUGGUUGAAAAAUGGCCAGCCCAUUGAAUCGUCGUGCGAAGAAAUCAUCGAAGACUUGACACCAGUCGGCAGUUUGUUGAAAAUCACCUCGAUCCAGCUUAGCACCAAUUACACAUGCCGAGGGGAAAAUGGAACGAAGGUUGUCAACAAGACGACGCAAAUUUUUGUCGCUAGUCAAGAAAGAUCCUGUCCCCAACAGAAAAGCCGUGGUGUUGAAUGGCUUAGGACGGCUGUUGACAUCACCAAUUACCAGUUCUGCCCUGCUGGAUAUGUCGGUGUGGCUAAAAGACAUUGCUUUGCUGUAAAAGAGUUGCCGGGCGACGAUGGAGAGGCGCUUCCAGCAAUGCGGCUUUUCUGGAGUUGGGGAGAACCAGAUUUCUCCAAUUGCAGCGAUCGUAAUCUUACCGAAAUAUACCGACAGCUGAAGUUGAUCACUUUGGGCUAUAUCGUCACUGACGUCCCAUCCAUCAUUAAUAAGUUCGCCGAUUUCAUCGAAUCGAAAUUGAAAAGUAUUGCAAAAUCCAAUCGAAACGCCAACGCGAAAAAGUCACAAAACGAAGAUACCGCCCCAUCUUAUCUACCUGGCGAAGGGAACGCGUUACUGGAAAUAGCCAUGAGUCUCGAGGCUUUUCUUUGGAGAAGGACGGCAGUCUUACCUCAGGCUUUCUGGAAUUCGACUGCUGUUCGUUAUUUAUACGCGCUCGACGCUCUAUUGUCCAUGCCGCAAGACAUUUUCGGUUUGGAUAGUUCAUUGCCGAUCCUGCGUUUCAUUCAGAAUCACCUAGAUCUUCUGAGCAUCAGUCCUAAAGGCGGAGAUCUUCUUGGCAGUAUUCAAUCGCAUUUACUGGAGAACAGCGAUUUUGACGUUGAUUGUGAUAGGAAACAGUUCAAGUACAAACGACUUUUGCCAGUAUCGCCAAGCCAAACAGAAUUCAAAAAUCUCAGACAACUGGCACCAGCCCAGUUCUUUCUCAAUAAAUCAAACGGGCACAACAUUUCGAUUGAUUUCCAUUCGAUAGAACAACUGCAAAUCAAAGGAGGUGAAUAUCUUUGUGCCCUGUUGCAACUCCAACCAACAAACCAUUCCCAAGGAUGGGACAUGCAUUCUUGUUCCAUCGAACGGUUGUCCGAUCCGGCUGCCUUCCGUUGCCAUUGCCGCCAUCAGGGUACUGUCGUGCUACUCUACGCCGUAAGGAACAAUGAGCAGAGAGAAAAUUCAGCAUUCGGCUUGUGGAAAGUCGUUUACUUUGCAGAUUCAGUUAGCAUUUUAGUCGUCGUUUUUGGUCUCGUGACUUUAUGUGCAAUGUGGUACCAACGGCGUUGCGUGUGGUUAUGGUUUCAAAUCCAAGUGGGAGUCUCACUUUUGCCGCCAUCGUCCAUUUAUGUCCUGCAAACUAAUGUUACCGUUGCCAAUCCGUUCUGGACUAUCCUACUAACUGCAGCGACGUAUCAAUAUGCAGCCACCGUUUGGGCCAUGAUUAUGUACUUGAAGAUGAGUGUUAAUAAGGGUCCCUUAGAACAGGCGAUGGCGGGUAAACUGAGCCAGAGUAAUCUCAGACUGGUUGGUUUAUCGUUAGGCGUUCCGUUGACGUUAUCAGGGGUCCAGACUCUCAUAGAGGAAUUCUCAGUUGGCCCACCGUUCACCAGCUGGAUUUCCCAGCUCACCUCUUUCUCUGGGAUCUUUUUCUCGUUGGUUUAUUGUACUUUGUUUGUCACCAUCCUAUCGCUUUACGUCACGCUAACAAGGGAAACGGAUAAUUCGGCUGAAAAGUCCAACACUUUCACAAAGGACGGCCAUAACGUGAUGGGCAAUAAUAUUCGAUACAGCCAUUGUUGUCCGAUGCUUGCUCUGCUGGGUGUAAUGGUCACUGGAUCCAUGUUAUGUCGCUUCCACUGGUUGUCACUUGGCAUCCACUGUGUCGCCGCGUUUUUUCAUCUGGUAGCUGUCUUUUUGGCGAUCGCUGUGAUAUUUACUUUUAGCGGUGCAAACGAUGUCCGCGUUUAUUGGUGUUUUUGGCGUCGGAGUAAAUUGCCCGAAGGUGAUACAGUAAGCGAGUUGUUAAACGCAACAACGAUGGUCGAGAGCCCACAACGGAAAAGCUUGUUGUCGACAGAGCAACAUCCAUCAGAAGGACUAGAGGUUCCCAACCGGACAAGGCGGACAAGUCGGCCUAGCUUGGAUGGUACACCUUUUCCCGUUCCUAAUGGAACAAGAAGAUUUUACCGUUCCGGUCCAGCUUCGUCGCCAUUGCUUCAGAGAGCUGGUCUAGGUCCCGACGUGAUGCGAGCGUUUAGCCAGGAACAAGAAGCUGCCCAACAAUUGCUUGGCAAUGCUUCAACAGGCCGUCAAUCUGACAUUUCACCCUCAGAGGCAAUCACAGGACAUGGAGAUCUGACAAAAUCCAAUAGGGAUCGAAUAAACUCCACUACAAUUUCGGAGGGAAUGCAGCCAGACGACCUGGAUUCAGGAUUCGGACCCAGUGGCGGAGGAGGAAGUCAGAAAUUUUAUGGAUUAGAUAAAUUCUCCGACGCUUGGAAGUUCCUUGGCAGGAUUCGAUGGAGGCUACCGCAAUUCGGAUUCAGUUCAAACGGCAGCAUUAGCGGUGGAGGCUCAUUCCGCUCGCGACAAAGCACGAUGAGUAGCGCAACAACGGCCGAUUUUGGUGGUGAACGAGGUGGUAGCGUGACAACAGAAGAGACGGAAAUUCCAAUUCGGGAAGCUGAAGACCUCGAAUCCCUGAUGGCUCCCUACAGACUGCGACGGUCAAGAACGCGCUGGUCUGAAGACUAUGGCCGAGAAAAUGAGCUUGAUUCCAGCGAAGUCAGUAAUCUUACUUUAAAAGCCAAGCCCUUUAGGGGCCGCUGCUUCAUUCGUUGUUCGCCGGAAAAGAACGGUUCCAAUGUCCUCUGGAGCCAUCGCUGUCAGGAAGCUGACGCGACCAACAGACCAACAAGGUGGAUGCCUUUACAACACACAUGUUGCGAACGUUGCUGGCACAAUCCGGAAACUCCAAUUUGCGAACUCUGUCUUGCCGAUAGUACUCCGACCCAGCUUCGAUCGGGAACUUUACUCGUCCGAGCCGUUGUCGAGAAUCCUCCCAAACUGCCUAAUAAAGAUGUAUGCGAGUACUUGGAAAUGGACCCCGCUGGAAGCCUGGCAAUUGAUCAGCAACGCGCUAAACGGAUACAAGUCUACUACAAUACGACUAUCGAACCAGUGCCCCGAACUAAAAACAGUGAUGAAUCAAACAGUACCAAUAAAGAUAAGAUGAUUGGCUCGACUUCUUUCAUCAAAUCUGCUUGCGCCUCGCCUUGUUUGUCGCGCCAAAAGAAAAUCAUCAGCGGGCGAAUCAUGAAGAAAUAUCGACUCUCGUUGCGCAACGUUGUGCAUUCCACCCAGCAGCAACUACAGCAACGGAAAGUGAAUGAAUCGGGAUCGACCGAUUUUCCAGCAGAACGUCUCACACUAAGGGACCAAAUAGUUAGCGAUGCCCACGCCCCGCCUACUGAAAACUGAGUCCAAGUCGUACUGCGUUAACGAAGUGAAUUCAUAAACUAUGCUACCUGAUUCUCCCUCUUGAGGACCAUUUAAAAACAUCGAAUAGUAGUGAUGUGUUACAAGACGUUCGUCUGCAUACAACGUGCCCUAACAUUGCGGCGGAAAGAGUGACACAAAAAUGUGGAUUGAUCAAAUGCAGCAGUAUGGACGACGAUUAUUCAAAGCUUCUAGUCAACGCUUUCAGAAAACCAGUAAUUGCCUCGUAAACUAACAUGUACUUCAAUCCAAAUGAAAAAUCGACCAAGUACCAAAGACUCACCCCAUCCCACCUGUUCGCUUAAAGUUAGUGGUAUUCAUUUAAACAACUCCGUUAUUACUGGUGUCUCUCAUUUUUUCAUUUAUCUACGACCUUUCUGUCAUUCUACCUCCGGAUACAUCCGCAAUCGUUGAGUACCAGUGCUUUGUAUGUUUCAUUUGAAUCUUUUUGGAUGUCGAUGUUUUCGAUGAGCUCUUUUGAUCGUUCAAAAGUCUGGGUCACACAUUCCGUCGUGCCGCUUUUCAGUCCACAUGACCAGAUCGGCUUUUACUUGCAUAUCAACGUACUUAUUAGUUUUUGUGACGGCAGCUCAAAUUAGUUCGCACCUCUGUUUUGUUUUUGGCUUUGACGGCUAUUAUAUUCCUCAAUAGCGUGAUCCUCAAUGGCUUUGCUGCAAAUAUUGUCAUGGGGUUGUUGGCUUUACCCAGUGGGUGCACAAAAAGAGCGAAGCGAUAUGAACGAAGUAAAUGAAGGGACGAUUGAAGAAAAGGUAGAAGUAGUCCUGUUGCGGUAAGCGCUUUUGUGUUGAGCUGUUUGGGUUUUUUUGUUUUUGUUAUUUGCGUUUCGCAUUGUACAUAAUUGAAACCGUCGAUAUUUAUUUAUUCGAAGAAGGGCUAGUAGUUUUAGCUUCUUGCGCUGAAGCUAAUGCUCUUCCUUUCCAUGUAGCAGUGGCUGAAGAGGUAUGGAGCCCCACCUUCCUCUUAAUUAAGACGCUCAAUUCGUUUGGGUACCUUGACAACGUUUGUUUUUAAAAACAAGCAGCCGUUCAUAAUUGGAAGUUUAAAUGCAAGAUUCAACUCAAUAUGCAGUAUAAAUAAUAUACAUGGAGCUUAGCUUAUGUUUUGUGGCGAGUAUUCCGCGCUCUUGAUUGUCAAUGUAAUUGUCAAAAUGAAAUGCUUGUGUGGCGACUCGCAAGAAAUAGACUUGUGUAUUUUUCUUGCAA